AUGUCCAGCAACGAUGCUGCCCACAGCCAUGACUCUCCGACACCCCUCAAUCACUCCAAGUACAUGACGGAAGCACGCCGAGAGGCCGCCGAAGAUCCAAUCGAUUCUGUUGGGAAGAAGGAUCCAGACAGUGGCUCUGACAGCGAGGAUUCAUCGAACCCCAUCUCCGCCGAUGCGAGAGCCACAUUGAUGAGACUGGCCACACAAUCACAACCCUACUACUCGCACGCCCGGAAAAGCGUUUCUCCUGCCGAACACCCGGGAGCACUCGAGCGAAAAGACACUCUCCAUGGCCUGAAACCAGGUGACGAUGUUCUCGAUCCAAAGAGUCCGCAAUUCCAUCUCUACAAGUGGAUUCGGAUGGCCAUCAAGCUGUUCGAUGAUGAAGGAAUGACCCACAAGCGAGCUGGCAUUGUUUUCAGACAUGUCAAUGUCAGUGGAUCUGGCUCGGCACUGAACGUCCAGCGCACCGUCGGUGACUGGCUCGCAGCGCCUUUGCGGAUGCGCGGGCUGUUCAACUUCAGCAAAUCGCAACCACGACGAAUCCUCCGGAACUUCGAUGGCCUCGUGAAAAGUGGUGAGCUCCUGAUUGUUCUUGGAAGACCAGGUUCGGGAUGCAGCACCUUUCUCAGGACCAUCACCGGUGAAAUGCACGGGCUCGACCUCAACCAAGGAUCAACAGUGCACUACAACGGCAUUUCGCAAGAACGAAUGCUGGAGGAGUUCCGCGGCGAGAUCAUUUACAACCAAGAAGUCGACAAGCACUUUCCUCAUCUCACAGUAGGAGAGACGCUCGAGCACGCCGCAGCCCUUCGAACACCACAGAACCGACCAAUGAGUGUAUCGCGACAAAAGUUCGUCGACCAUGUCACCCAGGUCAUCAUGGCCGUCUACGGCCUGAGCCACACUUACAACACGAAAGUAGGCAACGACUUCGUUCGCGGCGUGUCCGGUGGUGAGCGGAAGCGUGUUUCGAUUGCAGAGAUGGCUCUCGCAGGCUCCUUGCUUGGAGCUUGGGACAACUCGACAAGAGGAUUGGACUCUGCUACCGCAUUGAACUUUGUCAACUCCCUGCGCCUCACAUCAAACCUGCUGGGCUCAUCGCAUGCCGUCGCCAUCUACCAGGCUAGUCAAGCCAUCUACGACCUGUUCGACAAGGCAAUCGUGCUCUACGAAGGGCGAGAAAUCUUCUACGGAAAGGCGGAUGCAGCGAAGGCGUACUUUGAACGUCAAGGCUGGUACUGUCCACCCCGCCAGACCACCGGCGACUUCUUAACCAGUGUAACGAGCCCCUCCGAACGACAGGCAGCCGAAGGCUACGAGAACCGCGUCCCAAGAACCCCAGACGACUUCGAGAAAUUCUGGCGCAGCAGCCCAGAGUACCAAGAACUGCAGCGCGAGAUUCAGGACUACGAGCAGGAAUACCCUGUCGGCGACAAAGGAACGGAACUCGAAGCUUUCCGACAGUACAAGGGACAGCAGCAGUCAGACCACGUCCGUCCCAAGUCUUCGUACGUCGUUAGCGUGUGGAUGCAAAUCAAGUUGAACAUGAAACGAUCGUGGCAACGUAUCUGGAACGACAAGGCUUCGACGAUGACGCCUAUUCUGACGAACGUCAUUAUGGCUCUCAUUAUCGGUUCUGUGUUUUUCAACUCGCCUGAUGCUUCCGUUGCUUUCACCGCAAAAGGAGCUGUCCUGUUCUUCGCCAUUCUGCUCAACGCCCUUGCCGCCAUCACUGAGAUCAACAGCUUGUACGACCAGCGCCCGAUCGUGGAGAAACAUAAAUCUUACGCGUUCUAUCAUCCUUCCACCGAGGCGAUGGCUGGAAUCGUGUUGGAUAUCCCGAUCAAGUUCACCAUGGCGGUCGCCUUCAACCUGACCCUCUACUUCCUUGCCGGUCUAAGAAGAGAACCGUCGCAGUUCUUCAUCUUCUUCCUGAUCAACUAUACUGCGACAUUCGUCAUGGCAGCCGUCUUCCGCACAAUGGCAGCUGUGACCAAAACGAUCUCCCAGGCCAUGGCUCUUUCCGGUGUGUUGGUUCUCGCCAUCGUCAUUUACACUGGCUUCGUGGUACCCGUGCGCUACAUGGGCGACUGGUUCGGCUGGAUUCGCUGGAUAAACCCCAUCUUCUACGCCUUCGAGAUUCUGAUCGCGAACGAGUUCCACGGGAGAGAGUUCACGUGUUCUGCGUUCAUCCCGGCAUACCCCGACAACGUCGCCAAUGCUCUCGCCGGUACUGGAGGAACAAGCUUCAUCUGCAACGUCGUCGGCGCAGUAGCUGGCGAAUUGACUGUCAACGGCGACCGCUACAUCGCAGAGUCGUACGGCUACUACUACAGCCACGUCUGGCGCAACUUCGGCAUCCUGCUUGCCUUCCUAAUCGGCUUCCUGGGCAUCUACUUCCUCGCCGUCGAAGUCAACUCCAACACUUCCUCAAGUGCCGAGGUCUUGGUCUUCCGACGGGGACACGUUCCGGCGUAUAUGCAGGACAUGGCCAAGGGCAAUGCGAACGAUGAGGAGGCUGGUGCGCCGGAGAAGGUUGCUGAGGUCGAAGCACAGCAGAAUGAGGAGGGUGGUGUUGAUGUCAUUUCACCGCAGACGGAUAUUUUCACGUGGCGCGAUGUGUCGUAUGAUGUUGAGAUCAAGGGCGAACCGAGACGGCUGCUGGAUAAUGUUUCGGGAUAUGUGAAGCCGGGGACUUUGACGGCGCUAAUGGGGACUUCUGGGGCUGGAAAGACAACGCUUCUUGAUGUCCUCGCUCAACGAACCACAAUGGGUGUCGUGACCGGAUCCAUGUUCGUCAACGGAGCUCCUCUCGACGACAGCUUCCAACGCAAAACCGGUUACGUCCAACAACAAGAUCUCCACCUCGAAACCUCCACCGUCCGCGAAUCUCUCCGCUUCUCCGCAAUACUCCGCCAGCCCAAGACCGUAAGCACCAAGGAGAAGUAUGACUACGUCGAAGACGUCAUCAAGAUGCUCAACAUGGAAGAUUUCGCAGAGGCAGUCGUCGGCGUCCCCGGAGAAGGCUUGAACGUGGAACAACGCAAGCUCCUCACAAUCGGCGUGGAACUCGCCGCGAAGCCGAAGCUUCUCCUCUUCCUGGACGAACCGACUAGUGGACUGGACUCGCAGAGUUCCUGGGCUAUCUGUGCCUUCCUCCGCAAGCUGGCCGAUAGUGGACAGGCUGUACUCUGCACCAUCCACCAGCCUAGCGCUAUCCUGUUCCAGCAAUUCGACAGACUCUUGUUCCUCCGCAAAGGUGGCCAGACCGUCUACUUCGGCAACAUCGGUGAACAGUCCCGCACUCUUCUCGGCUACUUCGAGAGCAACGGCGCCCGCAAGUGCGACGACGACGAGAACCCCGCUGAAUACAUGCUCGAGAUCGUUGGUGGUCAGGACCAUGACUGGGUCCAGACCUGGAACGACAGCGAACAGUAUGGCGAGGUCCAGCAGCAAAUCGAGCAAUUCCACAGCGAGAAGAAGGGCGCCUCUGCCAACGGCGAUGACGAUCCUUCAGCCCACUCUGAAUUCGCCAUGCCUUUCUGGUCACAGGUCUUAGAGGUCACCCGCCGUGUCUUCCAGCAAUACUGGCGCAUGCCCUCCUACAUCAUGGCCAAAAUGCUCCUCUCGGGCGCCUCCGGCCUCUUCAUCGGCUUCUCCUUCUACUCCGCCGACGCCACCCUGCAAGGAAUGCAAAACAUCGUCUAUGCCCUCUUCAUGGUCACCACCAUCUUCGCCACCCUGGUGCAACAAAUCAUGCCCCUCUUCGUAACACAACGAUCCCUCUACGAAGUCCGCGAACGACCCUCAAAAGCUUACAGCUGGAAAGCUUUCCUCCUGGCCAACAUCGUCGUCGAAAUUCCCUACCAGAUCAUCGCCGGCCUCCUCAUAUACGCGACCUUCUACUACCCCGUCGUCGGCGUCCAGAGCUCCGAACGACAAGGCCUCGUCCUCCUCUUCUGCGUCGUCUUCCUGAUCUACGCCUCCACCUUCGCACACAUGUGCAUCGCCGCCAUGCCCGAUGCGCAAACCGCCGGCGCGAUCGUCACCCUCCUCUUCGCCAUGACCCUCAUCUUCAACGGCGUCAUGCAAAGCCCCACCGGCCUCCCAGGCUUCUGGAUCUUCAUGUACCGCGUCUCGCCCAUGACUUAUUGGGUCGCCGGGAUGGCCGCGACAAUGCUUCACGGCCGCCAAGUCACCUGCUCCCAACAAGAAUUGAGUGUGAUCGACCCGCCCGGAGGCCUUACGUGUCAAGCCUACUUCGAGCCUUACCUCCAACAAGCACCCGGCUACCUCCUCAACCCGGACGCUACAGAACAAUGCGGAUACUGCUCCAUCAGCGUCGCUGACACCUUCCUCGCCGGCUCGGGAAUUCAGUGGGGCGACAGAUGGCGCAACUUCGGCAUCAUGUGGGCGUACGUUUUCUUCAAUAUUUUCGCGGCUGUCAUGUUGUAUUAUUUCUUCCGCGUCCGGAGUAGCAGCAAGAAGAGUAAAACGAGCAAGACCAAGAAGAACGACAAGAGCAACGAGGGAACGAACGCGGAUCAGCAGGCGAAGAAGGGGAAUACCGCUGCUGCGAUGAGUUUUGCGGGUGUGGGGACUAGUGCGGCGGGUGUGGCGAAUGGGUAUCUGACGAAUAAUUUGCAGAGGGUCAGUACGAAUAAGAGGAAUGCGCAUAUUUAUUAG